CACCAAGGUAAAACUUCGUUGAUCAAUGUUGCGACUCGCAAGCUUCUAAACCGCUAUCGAAUUGUGAACGCACUACGAGACAUAACGCGCCCGAGAACGCGCAUUGGCAUCGCGCGACCAAGCUCACAUGAAUUCUCUCCCCCGGUGACAACGAACCUUCCCCCACAAUGCGCGAAGAGGGAAUGAAGGGACAGGUCGUUGACCACGUUCCGAAGCGCAUCACCGAGCUUCGGUUUGGUAUCUUGUCCAACAAAGAGAUUGUCGACCAGUCUGUUGUCGAAGUGUCCGACCGAAAUGUAUACGACCUAGCUACCGGCGCACAAGCUCGAAAAACCACCGACCAUGGGCCUCUUGACUCACGAAUGGGAAUAUCGAGCAAGACUGCAGUAUGUAGCACUUGUAAUGAAGAGCUGGCGGCAUGCAAUGGUCAUUUUGGCUACGUUCGCCUGGCUUUACCUGCAUUUCACAUUGGGUAUUUCAGAAACACCAUCGAGGUUCUUCAUAGCAUUUGUAAAGAGUGUUCUGCAAUACUUCUCGAAGAGCAUCAACGACGGACAUUCCUCAAGAGUCUGCGAAGACCAAAUCUUGAUAACCUCCAAAAGACACAGAUUUGCAAAAAAGUCUCUACAGAAUGUCGGAAAGUCAAAGAAUGCUACAAGUGCGGCGCGGUCAACGGUUUCGUCCGCAAGGUUCCUGGACACCCAUUGAAGAUUGUACACUUCAAAUACGAAGCUUUCAACAAGUCCACUGCGAAAUCCAAGACCAAGCCAAGGACCAUGGUUGACUUCGAGGAAUCUUUCAAGAACGCAAAAGAAGGCAACACUGAAAUCGAGAAACAUAUGAGGAAAGCUGUGGAUGACAUGAACCCCUUGAAGGUCUUGAAUCUUUUUCGACGUAUUAUCACCCCUGACUGUGAGCUUUUGGGAUUGGACCCAAAUGAUGGUCGCCCUGAAAUGUUCAUCUGGCAGUAUGUUCCAGCACCACCCGUAAGCAUACGUCCGUCGGUUUCUCAGGAGGCUGCUACGACUGAGGAUGAUAUCACAAACAAGCUAGGAGAUAUAAUUCAGGUCAGCUCCUACAUCCGUGCAGGGCUCGAGAAGGGUCAACCGGUACAAACAAUCAUGGAGCAGUGGGACUUUCUUCAGUUGCAGAUUGCCAUGUAUAUCAAUGCCGAUGUCCCUGGUCUCCAACAACAUGGCUUCAGCAAAUCAAUGCGUGGAUUCUGUCAACGCCUCAAAGGCAAAGGUGGGAGAUUUCGACAGAAUCUCUCGGGAAAGCGAGUCGACUUUUCAGGCCGUACUGUCAUUGGUCCAGAUCCGAAUCUUAGUAUUGAGGAAGUCGCUGUGCCAGAUCGUGUGGCUAAAAAUCUCACCUAUCCCGAAAAAUGCUCGAUUUACAACAAGGAGAAACUGCAAAAAUGCAUUGAAAGAGGACCCUAUAAACAUCCUGGAGCGAACUAUAUCAAAAAGCUUAACGGCCGCACGGUUAUGCUGAGUAUUUUGGCCAAAUUCAACAAUCUAUCAAGAGCUGCUGCGGAGCUAGAAAUUGGCGACGUCGUCGAACGCCAUCUCGAGGAUGGCGACAUUGUGUUAUUCAAUCGUCAGCCUUCGCUGCAUAAACUCAGUAUUCUUAGCCAUAGAGCCAAGAUCCGGCCGUGGCGGACGUUCCGUCUCAAUGAGUGUGUCUGUAACCCAUAUAACGCUGAUUUCGACGGAGAUGAGAUGAAUCUUCAUGUUCCACAGACAGAAGAAGCCCGAGCUGAAGCGAUAGAGUUGAUGGGAGUGAAGCACAAUCUGGCCACUCCAAAGAAUGGCACGCCCAUCAUCGCGGCCAUCCAGGACUUCAUUACUGGCGCGUAUCUCCUUAGUCAGAAGGAUAAUUUAUACGACCGAGGCACAUUCACUCAAAUCUGCGGUUAUAUGUUCAACGGUGACAGUGUGUUGGAUCCAGAUACUGGCAAACGGGUUCCUAUUGAUAUACCUCCUCCUGCAAUCUUGAAGCCCCAAAGACUUUGGACAGGAAAACAGGUCUUCAAUGUGUUGAUGCGUCCAAGCAGGAGCAUGAACGUCCUCGUCAAUUUGGAAGCUAAAUGCAAACAGUACAAGCCGGACCCCGCUGCCUCGCGACCGGAUCUAGUAUACGACGAUUCGUAUCUUGUGAUUCGCAACUCUGUCAUUAUGAGCGGGAUGAUGGACAAGGCGACCGUUGGAGAUGGCAAGAAGGACUCUGUGUUUUCUGUCAUCAUGCGAGACUUUGGCCCAAACCAUGCCGUGCAAUCAAUGAAUCGACUUGCAAAACUAUCUGCGAGAUGGCUCACCAACCAAGGCUUUUCUAUCGGAAUUAGCGACGUGACACCAGGUACGGUUCUCAAAUCAGGGAAACAGAAACUAGUGCUCGAAGCCUAUGCAAAGUGUGACGAGCUCAUCCAGAUGUUCAAAAACGGAACACUGGAACGUGACGCUGGUUGCGAUCAGGAGCAGACGAUGGAAAACAAGAUCGGUGGUAUACUCAGUGGUGUCCGUCAGUCGGCUGGUGAGAUUUGUUUUCAGGAGCUCAGUCGGUGGAAUUCAGCACUUAUCAUGGCGAAGAGUGGAUCGAAAGGGUCCAACAUUAAUGUGUCGCAGAUGGUGGCCUCUGUUGGACAGCAAAUGAUCAACAACAAGCGCGUCGCUGACGGCUUUCAGGAUCGCACAUUGCCACAUUUUCCCAAAGCCGCCAGACAGCCUGGUUCCAAAGGGUUCGUGAGCAACAGCUUUUUCUCGGGUCUCACUCCCACCGAAUUCAUAUUCCACGCUAUGUCUGGUCGUGAAGGUCUAGUAGAUACUGCCGUAAAGACAGCCGAGACUGGGUAUAUGUCACGCAGAUUGAUGAAGUCUUUGGAGGACUUGUCUGCGCAGUACGAUGGAACAGUCCGGAAUGGAUCUUCGUCAAUCAUCCAGUUCAAAUAUGGAGAUGACAAUUUGGACCCAGUGGACAUGGAAGGAAAUGCUAAACCGGUUAAUUUCGAACGAACUUACACACACGCCAUUACAACGACUUGGGAUGCCGAGGAACGCAGCAUACCUCCAGAACAGAUCGGCUAUGAGGUUGAGCGAUUGCUGCGGAAGCGGCGAUCGCUUUUGCAGCGAGUCCCUCUUCUUGCCAAACCUAGUUCUACAGCUCCCGCGGCGCAGGUACAAGAGCCAGAACCGCCCAAGAAGCAAGCCAAGGGGAAGCGUAAAACCAAGAAACAGCUUGCGGAAGAAGAAGAGGCUGCCCGCGUGUUGAGAAACAUUCAGCAAACUUCAACACACCGAUCACUUCUAGAUUUGUCAGAAGAAGAGCAACGUGCGUUGUCUGCGAAGGACUUCCUUGACAUGCUAGGCUACAAUGACAAGAGCGAUGCGGGUAUUGACCACCUCGACAGUGAGCGGGAUUUCCUCGAUACGGUUGAGAGAUUCGUGAAGGAGAAAGCAGAGGCCCUCAUUCAACUCAAAAGAGCAAAUCCUCGAAAGGCUAGUGCGAUCGGGGGGCUUUCAUACACAUCUCUCAACAGAUUCAUGGAGCUUUGCCUCGAGAAGUUCGAGAGGUCAAAGGUACAGCCUGGUCAUGCCGUUGGAGCUGUUGGAGCCCAGUCUAUUGGAGAACCAGGGACACAGAUGACGCUUAAGACUUUCCAUUUUGCCGGUGUGGCCGGUAUGAGUAUCACACAGGGUGUCCCACGUAUCAAGGAAAUCAUCAACGCCUCCAAGACGAUCAGUACACCUGUUAUAUCUUGCGAACUUGCCAACCCCGAAUCGGAGUAUGCCGCUCGGAUCGUGAAAGGACGUAUUGAAAAGACGUUCUUGCGGGAUAUUGUAAGGUACAUUGAUGAUAUAUGGUAUGGUGAAGGGUGCUAUCUCGGCAUGGCAGUUGACUUUGAAACCAUCGAUAAGCUCCAGUUAGACGUUACUAUGACGACUCUAUGCGAGGCAAUCGAGAACACCAAAUCCUUGAAACUGCCUGCCGGCACACGGGUUAGCGGCGAAGGCAAUAAGCUCAAAAUCGAGUUCAACGAAUCGAACAGUGGCGCCGUCAAGAGUGCAAAGCGUGGCCGCGCUCCCACCACAAAACUCAAAGAAGGCACCGACUUCUACAUGGACCUUCAGCGGAUUAAACGCCUCCUUCCAGACGUCAUCAUACAGGGCUACCCGCUGGCUACGCGGGCAAUCAUCAAAAAGGGCGAGGCCCCGCGGAAAGGCACAACGAACAUCUACGACCACCAGCUGCUCGUGGAAGGCUACGGCUUGCGCGCGUGCAUGUGCACUCCAGGUCUCAACGGCACGAAAACAAAGACCAACUCCGUCAUCGAAAUCAAAGAGGUCCUCGGCAUCGAAGCUGCACGACAGACCAUUAUCGACGAAAUAUCAGCCGUCAUGGGCAACAUGGACAUCGACCCGCGACACAUGCAGCUGCUGGCCGACGUGAUGACGUCCAAGGGCGACGUGCUCGGCAUCACACGCUUCGGACUGGCCAAAAUGCGCGAUUCGGUGCUGCAGCUGGCCAGUUUCGAGAAGACGCCGGAUCAUCUGUUUGAGGCGGCAUGGCGCAAUAAAAAGGAUAAGAUUGAGGGUGUUAGUGAGUGUAUUAUUAUGGGCCAGAGCAUGCGUAUUGGCACGGGCGCGUUCAAGGUCGUGAGGCCGUUUAAUGACAUUCCGGAGCAGAUGGGCAGGGCUUGUGGGUUUGAGGAGGCGAUGAGGUGGAUGGGUGAGAGUGCAAAGGCGAGUGGAGUGGUGGUGUAAACGAAAAAAAAGGGGAGGAUUAUGAAUAUGCAUGCAUAGCGUAGGCGUUUUGUGUUAUGUAUAUAGGGGCAUGGCGAAUAAGUGCGUGGGCGAUACCAAGCAGGACGGGUACAAUAUGAUUGAACAGAAUAGACAACGUCCAUCAAUCGAGAUGAUAACACAGCCCUACUUUCUCGCUGGC